AAGUAGGCAUGGUAACGACGGCCUUUCAUCCAAGACUGGCGGUGCUGGUGUCGUAUCUAUCACGGUGUCAGUCCCGGUUCGACGAGUGCAUCUUCGAAACGAAUGCAAAUAGAUGGAAGGUGGGAUAUACCCCGAGGACUCGUAAUCAUCUACACCCUCAUCUGCCAGCUUCGAGUCGCAGUCGAGUCAGCUCGUCCAUCCCAUCGAUGCGACAGUAUAGUGGGAUAGUGGGGGAACAUACGAUGGCAGGAUCAACCUCGAUUUUUGCUUGUACGUUAGACAUCUUCUCCUCGAAUCGUGGUGGUGGUGGUUUGGGAAGCCGUGGAUAUGUUACUAGUAGUGCGUUCGUUCACAGAUCAAAAUUUCGGUCCAUAGCAGUCUUAUGUAGUCGCAUCCCCUCGAUGAGUAGCACGGCCAGGAACUGCAAGCUGCCCCAAUGGGCAAUCUCCGCUGGGCGAUUCCUUGAUCGGUGACAGAAGUUCUCAAUGUGAUACGGUGGGAUCUCCCUACAGUAGGCAUGCAACGCCCGUAUCCAGACCCACCACCCAUUUUCAAGAUUCAUGCAGCACAAGGCCCGACUCCUGC